AUGAGACCGGUGUCGUCACCCCCUCCCCCCUCCUCUCCCCCCCCCCCUCCUUCCGUCAUGGCGGACGACUCUAUUCCCAUUGAGCUCGGAGCUAUCGAAAAGCUCGAGCUUCUUCAUGACACAACCGCUGUGAACUGGGCGUCGUUCGAGGAUUCGCUCCACACCCACCUUGGCUCCCUCAUCAUUCAGGACUACUGUCUGCUUGACAUAGACCUUGAGCAUCCUAACGGCCUUCCACCUGUCCCUCCCCCUCUUCUUGAACCUCCUCCUCCCGACGCCCCUCCACCCCUAGAGCCUCACUCUGAUCCCCCCCGUGCCCCAAUUCAUGAUGACAAUCCAGAUCGAUGGGCGGCCAACUUGAACAACUACAACAAGCUUCGCGACGCCUACACCAUCCAGCGUGAGGCGCACUGUGCUGCUGAGAAGGCUCACGCUGAUGCUACUGCGCACAUCCUAUCCUACACACAGGAUGAAAGAGACUAUGCUGAGGAACUUCGCAAGUUCAACAAGGAUACUGCAGCAUGGCGAGUUGCGGAUCAUCGCGCUCUAGCCAUCAUUUUCUCCUGCAUCCCUUCCCACCUCAAACACGACCUCCGCCCCACUUCCUCCUCUGGCCUCUAG